AAAUCCUGCCAGAAACCUGUGGAUAAAUAUAUUGAGUAUGAUCCUGUUAUCAUCUUGAUUAAUGCUGUUUUAUGCAAAGCACAAGCAUACAGGCACAUCCUUUUCAACACAAAGAUAAAUAUUCAUGGGAAGCUCUGUGUAUUUUGUUUGCUCUGUGAAGCUUAUAUCAGGUGGUUGCAACUACAGGAUUCAAGCCAAAAUACAGAUCCUGAUGACUUAAUCAGAUAUGCCAAGGAAUGGGAUUUUUAUAGAAUGUUUGGCAUAGCUUCUUUAGAACAAACUUCAUUUUUCAUUGGUAUUUUCAUUACCUUGUGGUGGAUGACACCUGAGAUGCUGAAAACAAAGUCUGACUUCAUCUUACUUCUCAAAGCACUGCUGUUGUCCACCUAUGGAAAGCUCCUGCUAAUUCCAGCUGUUAUUUGGGAGCACGACUACACACCUUUGUGCCUUGCAUUUAUAAAAGUGUUUGUCUUGAUAUCAAACUCUCAGGCAAUUAGAGUUACAUUGAACUUGAACCGAAUACUCCCUUGGUUUGCCAUCUUCUUUGGAAUAAUUUUGGAAAAUGGUGUGGUCUGCUUGUUCCAGAAAAUGGGAUGGGAUGUUUGAAGUGUCAGCCCAGUGAAGAAAUACCAACAACGUGAUGAUAAUUUUCUCAGAAUAAUCUCUGCCAACAGGCUCCAAAAGCACUGUUUUCAUAGGGAUAAAAGAAGGUGAUAGAUAACAAAAAAGCAUUAGAAGUUUGGCUAUUUCCUGUGCUGAGCCAUAAAACUUCAGCCUUAGGUUGUUUAUUUUCCCAAUAAAAGUAUGAAUGUCUUACUAUCCUAACAGUUUUAUAAAUCUGGCUGCAUAGCUGUGGCUCUAAGAAGAAAGGUACACUAAAAAACCCAGCCCUGCUAUCAAUCAGUGCAUUUUGGCAGAGAGAAGAGGAUGAAUUGUUCCCUUAAGAGGAAGAGAGUCAGUGGAAAAAUGUAAAAGCCAAAAGUUAUAUUUCCGUAAAACCAGAUUUUCAAAGAGAAAAGUGAACAUUUGCAAAUAGUUUAUUAGAGAAAAGGCAAGUAUUCCAGAGUGAAACUACAGUGGGAAAGCCAAGCUGCAUUCUCUGGAAUGUUUGUGUUAACAAUCCAAAAGAAUAAAAUAUCUAGUUCUAGAGUAAUCUCUAGGAAUGAUAGUUUUAAACUGGCUUGACAUUUUAGGUAAUCUCAUAAAUACUUGAAAUUUUGUGUGAUCUCAUAAAUGCUGCUUUCUUCUGAAAGCUGAAGAGAGAGUGAAAGGACUGACCCCCAAGAUGCAGGGCUGUUCAGGAUACUGCUUCUUCUGAAUUUUAGUCACAUCCCCCACACCCAGUCUUCAGCUGGCUGCACAUUUAUUAGAAGCAAAAAUUGAAACAUGAGGCCAUUCAGCAGUAGAGCAGUAGUUUAAAAAUAAUAAAACAAACAAAAAUGUUCAGGCCUAAAUUAAUGAAGAAACAUUUAUAGAAGUUCUGCACCUUCUUCCUCAGCAGGCAAAAGGAGAGCUAAGUGGCCCACAAAGGAACAGACAGAAUCACUUUCAACAAGACAGUAAAAAGGGCACAAACCCACUUUUGUGCAGGCCAGUUUCUAUUCAUCCCAUCCAAUAUUUAACUCUCCUGCUAGAGUUCUGGAAGGCUGUACUGUCCAUAGGGAUUACUUCCAUUCUUUGUUUUCCUCAGAUGCUGUCUCAUGUCUGUGUUUUCCAGAAUGAAUCAAAAAGCUUUUUGCAACAUCUUCAAGUUAAUUCCCAACAGGUUUAGAGUAAGUCUAGAUUAUGACCACAAAAGACAUCAAACAUGUUUUUCUGAUGGAACUGCCCAUGCUAUGCAAGUUAUUUGAUCAGAAAAGCAAAUGGUUGCUGAUUCUCUUUUAUUAAAUCAAAGGCUGACAGCACUUUUGUUGUUUGUGUUACACUUCGCAACUUCCUGAGCAUGUCAGAGAACGCAAGAAACCCCAAUUGCAACAUUUUUAAAUAUGGGAGACUCUUAAUUUGAUUGGUAAUGGAUUCAUUUCCCCAAGUUGAGUCUGUUUUGUCCAUGACAGUAACUGGUGACUAAACUCUCCCCAUCCUUAUCUCAACCCAUGAGCCCUUCCUUUUGUUUUCUCUCCAGUGCCUAGCUGGGGUGACAGAGCAGCUUUGGUGAGCAUCUGACAUCCAGACUGGCACUGGAAGUGCUUUCAGUCUAGAGGCUGAGUGGAGCCCAUUUCAGUGGAACUAAUGCAGGUUGUUAUAUGUAAACACAAUGCUGUCAGCAGCAAAAUUGUAAAUACAAUGUAAAUAAAUUUUAUUUGAGAACAGUCUUCCUAAAUUAAACUUGAUUUUGAUUUUUAAAAACUGA